AUGCAGAAAGGAGCUGGUCAGCAGCCUUUCAUCCCAGACUUCUUUCUGGGCCAGAGCUCCCCCAUGUACAGGUUUGAGAGCCGCUCUGGAUCUGUGGCCUCCACCUUCCUCUGGGCACCUGAUCCCCUGAUUAGCCUGCUCUUUGGGCUUCUUUAUAUCAGAGAAGGGGGAACAGUCCUAAUUCCCAGGAUGCCCACAGAAGCACACCCGCCAGAAUCACAGGAGGGCAAUUGGAUGUUGGCAGACCUCAUGGAACAGCACCAGGAAGAGCUGGCCACCAUCGAGGCUCUAGAUGCAGGUGCUAUCUACACACUGGCCCUGAAGACCCACAUGGGCAUGUCCAUCCAGACCUUCCUCUACUUUUCUGGCUGGUAUGACAAAAUUCAAGGGGAAGGAAACAAUGGAGCCCCCUACCAGUGACUCCCCUUGCUUCUUCCAGGGCUCCACCAGGCCAGGCCAAACUACAACCUGACCUUGACCAGGAAGGAGCCUAUUGGGGUCUGUGGUAUCAUUAUACCCUGGAACUCCCCCCUGAUGAUGCUCUCCUGGAGGAUGGCUGCCUGCAUGGCUGCUGGGAACACAGAGGUGAUCAAGCCUGCCCAGUCUUCUUCUCUGCCUCCCUGGGUGACUCCACUCACAGCCUUGAAGUUUGCAGAGCUGGCCUUGAAGGCUGGCAUUCCCAAGGGCAUGGUCAACAUCCUCCCUGGAUCUGGCCCACUGGUUGGCCAGAGACUCUCAGACCAUCCUGAUGGGUGGAAAAUUGGGUUCACAGGUUCCACGGAGGUGGGAAAACACAUCAUGAAAAGCUGCACCCUGAGUAACAUGAAGAAGGUCUCCCUGGAGCUGGGCAGGAAGUCACCCCCCAUCAUCCUUGCUGACUGUGACCUCAGCAAGGCUGUGCAGAUAGGGAUGAGCUGUGUCUUCUUCAACAAAGGCGAGAACAGCAUUGCAGCAGGCCAGCUCUUCGUAGAGAACUCAAUCCACAACCACCUUGUACAGAAGGUGGUAGAAGAGGUGAAGAGGAUGAAGAUCGGUAACCCUUUAGACCGGGACACCAACCAUGGGCCGCAGAACCACCAAGCCCACCUACGGAAGCUAAUAGAGUACUGCCAGCGUGGCGUGGAGGAAGGGGCCACGUUGGUCUGUGGUGGGAGUCAAGUCCUUCGGCCAGGUUUCUUCUUCGAGCCAACCAUUUUCAUGGAUGUGGAGAACCACAUGUUCAUAGCCAAGGAGGAGUUUGGGCCCAUCAUGAUCAUCUCUCGGUUUGCUGAUGGAUAGGGAACGCUGCUUAUUGAUAUGGACACCGUGCUGUCUGGGGCCAAUGUGGCAGAAUUUGGUCUGGCCUCUGGCAUCUUCACCAGGGACAUCAACAAGGCCCUGUAUGUUAGCAACAAACUGGAGGCAGGCACAUACAACAAGACCGACGUGGCUGCUCCCUUUGGAGGGUUCAAGCAGUCCAGCUUUGGCAAAGACCUUGGUAACCUAGUCCUCAACACCUGUAAGGCACCUUGGUGCUGGGCCCAGUCCUGGGGGCCAGGGGUAUAGUGUUGACAAGACGGCUACCAGUGCUCACUUCUUACUGGGAGGGGACAAGCG